AUGGUAUGUCAAGAGUAUUUCCCAUCCACCCCCAGAAACGCGCAGCUUGUCACCGACGCAGCACUCUCCGCAUUGCGCUGCGCAGCGCUCACCAUAGUCAUGGCAUGCCCACCAUCUAUGCCUCGCGUCCCUCCAAAGCGCACAGCUAACCUUCAUUCUAUCCAGGCUGAUACAGGUCUCCCCCCCAACUGGGAGGUCCGCCACUCCAACUCCAAGAACCUCCCCUACUACUUCAACUCGGUCGAAAAGGUAUCCCGCUGGGAACCCCCGCAAGGCACCGACACAGAUAAACUGAAGCACUACAUGGCCGCUCAUCACAGCGCCGGCUCUCGCCCCGGUGCUGUUCCUGGCGUCCCCGAGGGCAAGAUUCGCGCGGCGCACUUGUUGGUGAAGCACAAGGAUAGCAGACGGCCCAGCAGCUGGCGAGAAUCCGAAAUUACACGCACCAAAGACGAAGCCAUGGAGAUUAUCAAGGCUCACGAAGCAAAGAUCAAGGCUGGACCUGUCUCUCUGGCCGAUCUUGCACCUACAGAGUCGGAUUGCUCAUCUGCCCGUAAGCGAGGCGAUCUGGGCUACUUUGGCCGUGGGGAUAUGCAAAAGGAGUUUGAGGAUGCGGCCUUUGCGCUUAAGCCUGGUGAGAUGAGUGGUGUUGUCGAGACGGCUAGUGGCUUGCAUUUGAUUGAGAGGCUGGAGUAA